AUUUUCAGAACAUGGAAAACGCUUGUUUAGGGUGCUUUUCGAACCUCCAUGGUCACGCAUUGUGUCCACUCGUCAAUGGAAGUGCCCCCCCCCCCCCCGGGCUCGUGGGCUACUCGUGCGUGUCUGAUGAUCGAGGAUUAGAAAUGUUAUAUUAUCUUUCACGGCCGAAAGGAAACCACGGUCCUGAUACACAACAGUACGAGGCAAGGCAUCAUUCACGAUUAUUUAACAUUUAAUUACUUCCCGACACUCGCCAGAAAGACACACUUUGGGGUCGUUAUUGCAACUCUGCCGGAAUAAAACGUUCAGAGACAGUAGUUGGGACUCAGAAAAGAUUCUCCGAUAUAUCUCCUCAAUGGCCAACUGCGUGGUCAACUCGUGUAUGUCUGCAAAUCGAGAGAGCGAAUUAUUUUGAAUGGGCAAUCUUUCACAACAGUUAUAUAACAGUACUAGUCGAGGCAUCAAUACUUAAAGCAACUCUUCCAGAAGACUGACUUUCAAUUAACGGAGUUGGAUUCGGGUUAGAUUGCACUUCUAGUUUUACAAUAUUUGGAAAAUUCCAUCUUCCGCAGCCCACUCGAUCUCUGCAAUGCCUCCGACACGUCCUAAACGAAUGAUUAAUUAUUUUGGAGACAUAUUUUGGAUAUCAUACAGCAGCAAAUCAGAUCACUAUGUCAGCGGCCACGUACGUGCAAGGUUUCCAUGACGACGAGAGAACAAAUAAGAUGUGUUACCAUGAUCUUGGGGCCACUGGUAUGAAGGUGUCUGUCAUAGGGUUCGGUGCAGCACCCCUUGGGAAGGUCUAUGAUGCGGAUCUCUCUGAUGAACAGGGCGUGGCCGCUCUUCGACAUGCUCUACGCGGUGGGAUUAACUAUAUCGACACGGCCCCAUAUUAUGGACAAGGGAAAUCGGAAGCCGUCUUAGGAAAUGCUCUUAAACAUAUUCCUCGGGAAGCUUACUACAUCGCAACUAAAGUAGGGAGAUAUGAAACAGCUGAUAACCUGGAAGGAAUGUUUGACUUUUCUGCAGAACGAGUCACUCGGGGCGUUGAUGAAAGCCUCAAACUACUGGGAAUUGAGUAUGUCGACCUUAUUCAGGUCCAUGACGUGGAGUUUGCUUCAAGCGUAGAUCUUAUCAUAGACGAGACUCUUCCUGCAUUGGAGAAGAUAAAAAAACAGGGCAAGGCUAAGUUCAUUGGUAUAACAGGAUACCCGAUACAAGUUCUAAGAACCAUUGUUGAGCGAAGCAAGGUGAAGAUCGAUUCAGUAUUGAGCUAUUGUCAUUUAAGCCUUAAUGACUCUUCACUUCUUCAACACGCAGCAUUCUUCCAAGAACGAAACGUUGCUCUCAUUUCUGCGUCACCCCUCUCCAUGGCGUUACUCACCGAUAGAGGGCCUCCUUCUUGGCAUAUCGCUAGUGAUGAAAUCAAGAAAGCCUGCCGAGAGGCCAGUGUAUACUGCAGACAGCAUGGCCAUGAUAUAUCAGCAAUCGCCCUAAACUACAGUAUUUCACAUACGAAGGAUGUUCCAUUAACACUAAUAGGGAUGGAUAGUAUAGAACAAGUUGACAAGAAUGCGAAAGCUGUGGAAGAGGGCUCUUCUGAAGAACAAGUGCAAUUCACAGCAACCCUGAUUAACAGGUAUUUCUCAUCAAUAGAAGAACCGGGAUGGGAAGGAAUAGAAGUCAAACAAUACCGCGAAGCGCUUUCUAGACUAAAUGAAGCGAAGAAAUAAUCACCAUGGAAAAAUAGCACCAGCAAUCGACCUAUGAAAAGCCUGUCUCAACAUGCUGGAUACGGACACCGAUAUUGAAGACUGAGAUUUGUGAAUUAAAUUGCCAUAAAAUUAACUUUAAACUAUUAUUAUUUGGCUAACAGUGUAUCUACCGACUUAUUUUCAAAUUGUUCACGAUUACACCAGUUGUUUUUAUUAUUGUUAUACUAUUGCGUGUGUAUCCCGCUACUAUAAUGCCUAGAGUAUUUCAACAAACAAUGUACAAUAUAAUACUGUAAAACUAUUAAAAAACAGAAACUAUUUACCCAACUUUGAAAUAAAUUUGUAUGAUUU